AUGGAGAAAAAAAUUGAAGACGACGACGACGACGAUGAAAAAGAAGAAAGAGAACGGCAACAGACACAAGAACAUAAUCGACGUUAUCCUCAUCUCUCAUUGUCCAGUUGUACCAGUGUCGAAAAUCAAAUCAAAAAACCCUAUCGGUAUCAACAAGUGAUCAUCGAUAAUGAACAUCGUUAUCCUCCGAUUAUCCUUCCGUCUGAACGUAUAUUAUUUCAAAUGAAUCCUUCAACAUUAUCACAAUACACAUCCAAUCCAUCGUUGACAAACACUUAUCAUAGUUUACAAAUUCAUGAUGAACCGAAAUCUCUUUCACCGUUGCAACUAAAAACAAAUAAAUUACAUCAUGCGAAAUCUCAUCAUGAACUUUAUCAACAAAACAAUGGAUUAUCGUUAUCACCAAUAAGAAAAGUGAAUAAUCAUGAAAAUGAUAAUAGAUAUUCGACUGAUUCACCCCAAUCAGUUAUGUCAUUACGAAUUCCUGUAACGACAAGUACAUCGCCGACAAAGAGUAAUUUGAAUGUAACACAACCAUCUCCAGCACAUAAAAUUCCAUUGUGGAAACGUUUCAAGAAGAUGAUUGUACCGAAAAAACGAAAAAAUCCAUCGUCAAAAAUGCCAACAUUGUUUCUCAAUGAAAUUUCUGAAAAUGAACCAAAUCAAACUGUCACAGACAACGUCAAUUUCGAUCUCUUACGAAAUCCUUUGAAAUUAUCCGAACUAAAAACAUGGAUUAAUCCCGAACUAUUUCCCGAACAACAAAUUCGUAAUGAAUACGAAAAACUUCCAACCGAACCUCUUCAUCCAAAAACAGUAGCUCUUCGUCCAGAAAAUAAAAUGAAAAAUCGAUUCAAUUGUAUUGAACCAUAUGAUCAUUCUCGAGUUAUUCUUCGAACAUUACCUCAUGAUUCAACAAGCGACUAUAUCAAUGCAUCGUAUAUCGAUGGAUAUCGAACAAAGAAGGCUUAUAUUGCUUCUCAAGCACCGACGGAUACAACAUUGUAUGAUUUCAUUCGAAUGAUUUGGCAAUUUCGUAUCGAAUCAAUAGUAAUGGUUACACGAUUGUUUGAAGAUGGAAAACAUAAAUGUUUACAAUAUUGGCCUGAUGAAGGUGAAAAACAAAUUAACAAUUUUACGAUUCGUUUUGAAAACGAAGAAAGAUACACUUAUUACACAAUACGUCGAUUUGUUUUAUUAAACCCAAUUGAAUCAUCGGAAACUUUAACAAUCAAACAAUUCCAUUUCUUAUCUUGGCCAGAUCAUGAUGGAUUGACAUUACCUACACCAUUGCUGGAUUUUCGGCAACGAUUUCGUAAUAAUUGCAAGAUAUCUACAAGUCCAAUUUUAGUGCAUUGCAGUGCUGGUGUUGGUCGUUCAGGGACAUUUAUUGCUUUAGAUGCUUUAUUGGAAAUGUCGACAUAUCAAGAUACAAUCGAUAUACUUGAAUUUACUCAUCGAAUGAGGCAAAAUCGUGUCUAUAUGAUCCAAACUGUUGGUCAAUAUGUAUUUUUAUAUCGCGCAUUGGUUGAAGGCAUUUUAACAUUGAAUGCAUCUAUAUCAUUACCAGAAUUUAUGACAACGAGAAGAGUUCAUAUGGACAUCAAAGAUCAAUAUCGAUUAUUAGAACAAUUGCAAGCAACAGUCGAAUUUUCGUAUCAUACUGCACGUGAUCCGCUCAAUAUCGAUAAAAAUCGUGUAGAAUCAAUAUUAGCUGCUGAUAAUAAUCGACCUUAUCUGAUGACACAAGUGGAAAAGACGACAGAUUAUAUCAACGCAGUAUUUGUAAAUUCUUACCGUCAUGUGUCCACAUACAUUGUUACACAAUAUCCAUUACCACAAACAAUGGUUGACUUUUAUCGUCUUAUUUUUGAUCAUAAUAUCUCCAUAGUCAUGCUCAUUGAAACAAUACCUCUGGAUCCGCAAAAUCUUCCAUACUGGCCAAGUGCUGUUUCUGAAAAUGUUUCCUUUGGACCGUUUGAAAUCUUAUUAUCCUCACAAAAAGAAGAUGAUUACCUUAUCGAACGAGUACUUCAAAUAAAGUACACAAGUAAAAGUAUAUUCACUAGUGAUCAAACGAAAACAAUUCGUCAGUUUGAAGUAAAGAAUAAUACGCGUUUACUACCCGUUGUCAAACGAUUUUUGAAAGAAAUGCGAACGCGUCCAGAACAGAAUGUUAUCUUACAAUGUUUAAACGGUGUGACAUGGUCGGGGUACUUUGUUGCUUUGUGUAAUUCAAUUGAUAAGAUGCAAACAGAACAAAUCAUCGAUCCAUUUCAAAUCGUUCGUUUGAUUCGUGCCAGUCGUCAAGAAUUUAUCGAUCAAAAUCAAUAUGAGAACUUAUUUGUAUCAAUGAUUAAUUAUGCUCAAGAAUAUUUAUCUUUUGGUGCAACAUCAAAUCAUGCAGUGGAAAAUUCUGUUUAUAUGAACACUUCAGAGAAAAAUCGAUCAUUUGCCAAUAAAUAA